GAUUUCCGGCUCACACAUGGCGCGCCGGGGAUCUUUCACGGAAGCCGGAACGAACUGAAUUCAAAGGCCACUUUGCGGUGCCGGCUUCCAAUUCUACAACCCUACAGCUCUCCACGGAGCUAUCCGGGAAUCACCGAUCUUCGUAGACUGGUCGUUGAAAGCUAGGUACGGGCAUCAGCCUUGGCCAGGCCCUCCCUAGGCCGAGGCAUCAGUGCACACGGAUCGGGCUGGCUUCCCCCCCAGGAUGGCCCACCAUCUCCAUGCCCUCAUGACCCUGGCGCUGCUGCCCCCCGGCGCCUCCGGCAUGGGGCUCCGCGCCGCGCACGAGCCGAACGCGGAUGCCGCGCGGAUGCCGCGGCAGCGCCUGGCGGGGGGCGGCCAGAUGUUUUGGCAACCCCAACCCAUGUCUGGCAUCGGCUUGUCGGCCGUGAAGGGCACCCGGGCGCACGACGCGACACUGGAGUUCUUGCGCGCGGGGGGGCGUUUGCUGGACACCGCGGAGCACUACGGGAACCACGGCCAGGUGGGAGCUGCGAUCCGGGAGGCCAUAAAGGACCACGGGGUGAGACGGGAGGACGUGUCCGGGCGCUUGCGGCGAACUUUGUCACGGGCAAGGAACAUCGGGAGAAGGGGGCGGUGCUCGCAACGAACCGUGUGUAAUUCUGAGGCGGGGGGGGGGCCCUUGGAAACCUUCCGGAAACCCGAGUCCAUGGACAGUUCAAAGGCACCCUAA